AUGGUCCAAACAUUGCCCACAUUCCAAUGGUCGGCUUCUGCUAACGCUGACUGGCAAGCUACCGCUCAGAUGCUUUCGGCUGGCUCAAUCUCCAAAGGAAAUAUGGAAAUAAGCGUUCCUGGUAGGGCUUGUGCUGUGAAUGUUGUUAUUAUUCAUUGUUACUUCCCAGUCUUGCGACGACAACACUACUACAAGAGUACGAGUAUCUCUCUACGCUUGACCAUCGCUGCGACUCAGACAGGUCUCAAGCCGACACCUCGCUUGUCCACUUUGAAACCUUCUAUUCCCGAAGCGGCACCACGUUCUGUUCUGCAGCAGAUCAGCAGGAUCAACGCCCAGGGUACGACACGUGCGACAUCAUUCUCCAGACUACAAAUCGGGUAG